GACACCUGUAAAUUUGACAAGAACGAUUGGUUAGUUUCUCUGUUGUUGUACUAAAAUAACCAAAAAACAAUUAAAAUGCCUUUAGAUUAUCGAAGAUUAAAUGGCCCAGAAGAUAGCAUACCAUAUAAGCGCUUCACAAAAAACUUUUCGAAGACAUAUAGUGAACUAUACAGCGAUUUAUUGGACAAAAAAGGCUGUCGCAAGGAUGGGCGCGCACUUGAAGAGGCGAGGAGCAUGUGUAUGUUUUUUGCAAGGACAGAUAUGGUGUCUCAAGCCAAGGGUUCAGCCUAUGUAGAAUUGAAGAAGACAAAAGCUGUUUGCUCUGUGUUUGACCCUAGAGAAAUACCUCAUCAAAAUGAAUUCAGUCAACUUGGCCAGUUGUUCUGUGAAGUGAAGUUUGCUCCGUUCUCAUGUCCUCGUCAGCGACGAGGCCAUGCACCCGAUCCAGAUGAAAAAGCUCUGUCAGUCGCCCUGAGACAGGCGUUGGAACCUGCAGUUUGCAGACAUUUGUUCCCAAAUUAUCAGAUUGACGUCUUUGUCUACAUUCUUGAACAUGAUGGCGCCUGUUUGGCAGCUGCAAUAAACGCAGCUGGCUUAGCUCUGGCAAACGCAGCAGUGCCCAUGUACGAUAUCAUCACUGCCUGCUCCAUCGCAGUCAUCGGCGAAAAGAUGUUCGUAGACCCAAUCGAAGCUGAGGAACAUUUGGCCAUGAUGUCGCCAGAUACAGAAGGAUCCAACCACGGAAUAUUAACAAUGUCUAUGUUAUCAGAACUAAAGCAAGUCUCCGAUUUUACUCUCAUAGGAUCGUUGGACACGCAAUGCCUUACGAAAGCAAUGGAGAUUUUAGAGAAAGAAUGUGAAAACAUUGUACCGAAUAUACAAAAGGUGAUAGUUGUGAACGUAGUGCAGUGCAUUGAACAAAGGAAACGGUUAGAAGAGGAGUCUAAAGAAAGAGAACAGGCUCUGAAUGCUAAAAUGGAGGAGUGGAAAAAGUUAUUAAAUUCUGGAUGAAAA